GAUUAUAUUAUUUGAUUUUUAAAAAAAAAAAAAGUUUUUCUUAACAAAUUUUUAUUUGCUACAAUUCUUAUUUUCAAACAUUAAACAUCUUGACAGUUAAAAAUUAUUUAAAAAGAUUUUGUUAAUUCUUGAUGUUUAGACUUCUUUUUAGAUUUCUCACGCUAAAAAAUAAGCAUUUUUAUCAUCUAUAUUAAGUAACAUUGGUGCCUGAUAUACUGAAACUGGACGAAAGAGAUUAUUUUACUUCGCAGUUAGCAAGAAUUUGACACCUACAGCGCGCCUUUUUAAACGCGUAGAAGCUCACGGUUGUCUUCAGCCUUCACCUCUGAACAUAGCUACGGCCAUGGUUUGAAGGUUGCGCGUAUCUACAGGCAAUUUUGGCGAGCUCGAACCGACCGAGGCCUAGGAAAUAGUACAAAUAGGUUCCGACAAUGACUGCCGGCGAGUAUGAAUGAACUGCGAAUGAGCGGUGGCCGGCAAACAUGACGACCGUUCAAGGUCUCCAUGCUCCGAGCGCUAUUCAAUUAAUUCCGAAACGUUACGUAACGAGCGAGAAAAUGAAUAUGCGAGGUUGCAUCAAGUCUUGCCAGGGACAGAGCGAGAAUGGAUCGUCAGCUUCCGAGUUAAAUGUAUUCAAGGAUCGUGUCUUACAAAAUAUCAGAAAAGGUCUAUGUUUACGGUUUAUCAAAAAGCACGCGAUAAAAAGAUUGUAUAGAUAUGCUAAUACUCGACAUUCUCGAAGGCCGAAUGUCCAAUCCCGAUACAUUAAAAGAGCCGCAUCGAAUUCAAUCGAGUGCGAAUAUUAGAUAAUUUUGUGUCACUUAAAAGUUUUCGGUUAUGAAAAACUUUAGAGAUAGAUGAGUCUUUAUUUUUUCGCAUAAUUGCGAAGAGUAUUAUAUAUAGAUAAUGUUGUUAAUACCCCAUUAACUGUGGCAACUUAAGUUUUUUAAUUAUCCGGUCGAUAAUUAAACUUGUCGAGUUGAAAUUGAUGGAAAAGUCCAAGUACAAUUCGACUUUGUAAAAACGAAAGAAGGGGCUGCAAUAACAGAUUUUAUUAAAAUAUUUAAUAUGUAUAUACGAAGCAGCGAACGACGGAUUAUGCAGCAAUGUUUUAUAUUUAUUAGAUCGAUUUCACGGGAUCGAUAGGUGGGACGGGCAAGUGAGCGAGUAAGGUACAGGCGAUCAUACAUGAACAUUGCAAUCGAAAUUAUUUUCAGCAUAUACGGGAAUGACGUCGCGAAUGUAAGGAGACUCAGAUUUGCAAACCAAAGAGCCUCAAAGUAUGACUUGAAUAUCCUCAACCAAUGUACGUCAAGAAUAGCGAUCAGUCACAUAAAUUAUAGAUAAGUAUGCGAAUUAUCUGUAUUGUCUUCGCUAACUUUGUAACUUAUAAAAAAACAUAUGAAAAAUGUUUGAGUGAUAGCCAAUAAAGGGGCAGGCGACAAGGAACUUAUUAUCUCGUCAAAGUUAAUACAGUCGAUAUUUUGAUUUGUAUUAAAUAAUCAAAGAAUAUUAUUUUAUAUUAUAAUAAUAUUCUAACUUAUUUACUGAAAACUAAUUAGUUUUAACAAGUUAGGUUUAUCAAA